AUGUGGUUGUUAGCCAAGAUUCACGCUUUCCUCGACGCCAGCCUUCGCCGGCUCAAACUCCUUGAGGAUCGGCAGGUGGGCUGGCUUACUCUAGAUCGCAAGUCAGGCAAUUUAAAGCGCGAACAACAAACUCUUUGGAAAAAGCUGAAGCUCUUAUUGCUCUUCAAUCCUUUAACAGAAUGGAUUGAUCGCACUCAUGCUCUUCGUAUCUGGACGCACAGGAAGAAUCUCGAAGCUGUUCGCAGGCAAGACGAGGGCAAGCCCCAAUCCCACGCCCAAAUCAAAUCCUUCAUUGAUUUCUACCAUAUCGACAUGUGUAGCUUUGAGCCGUCAGAUCCUGAAAGCUACCCUACCUUUAAGGAUUUCUUCAUUCGCAGAUUCGCUCCUGGCGCCAGGCCCAUCUUCGCGCCUGAGGACCCGACUAAAGCUAUUGUUUCGGCGGACUCUCGAGCAGUCGUAUACCCAACCGUUGAAAAGCUCCGGGCGCUGUGGAUUAAAGGAAACCGAUUUACAAUUGCGAACCUGAUCAAGGACGAUGAGCGCAGUCUCCGAUGGAUCAACGGCUCGGUCGCAAGCUUGAGGUUGAGUCCACAAGACUAUCAUCGAUACCACUCUCCAGUCAAAGGAAAGGUCAAAUGGUACAAACAUAUCCCGGGAGACUACCUUCAAGUUGAUCCCAUGGCACUUCAUAGUUCCGUCAAUAUCUUGACCGAGAACGCUAGAAGCUGCGUUUGUAUCGAAAGUGAAGAAUUCGGCGAUGUACUUUUUGUGGCAAUCGGUGCUACCGACGUAGGUACGGUCGAGAUCCACGACGAGAUGAGGAAAGAAGGGCACGCUGUGGAAAAGGGGGAUGAGAUCGGACUUUUUCAAUUUGGUGGAUCAAGUAUCAUUAUAGCUUUCGAGCCGGGUCGAAUCGAUUUUGAUGAAGACCUCGAACGCCUCAGUAAUGAGGAAACCAUGGUGGAUGUCGAGGUUGGAAUGAGUCUCGGCAAAGCAAGCCGUCCUGACAUACCGCCAACGGAUGAGGCUUCGUAG